AUGGCGAGCGGAUCCGUGACGCACACACCGCGCUCCUCCGUGACGGCCAUCGAGCCCCCGGCCAAGGCGCUGUCGCCGCUCGACGAGGAGCUCGAGCGCGACGAGCGCGAAAUCCACGAGUACGGCGGGGACGACCCGCACCCGCCGCCCGCGAAGCCGCACGCCGGCGAGCCUUCUGCGUUACUCGUUCUGGAGCGCGAUUUCCAUACGUCCGCGGAGGUGUCGUACUUGACAACGACGACGUUUUUGCUCGGCUAUGUCUUCGGGCCGCUCGUCUGGGGCCCCGGCAGCGAGCUCUUCGGCCGCAAGAGGACACUCGCCGUCGCGAUGGUCGUCUUCACGCUGUUCCAUCUCGGCCAGGCGCUCGCACACAACCUGCAGACGUUCUUCGUCACGCGCUUCCUCGCGGGCUUCUUUGGCUGUGCGCCGCUCGUCAGCUCCGGCGGCGUGCUGGCCGACAUCUGGUCCGCGGAGACGCGCGGGGUCGCCACGAGCAUAUUCUCUGCCAGUGUGUUCAUCGGACCCGUCAUGGGCCCGAUCGUAGCCGGAUAUAUCGUUGAAAGCGGCGUGAGCUGGCGCUGGAUCUUCUGGGUCGGCAUGAUCUUCUCGGGCACCUGCACGGCCUUGCUGCUCGUCGCGCUGCGUGAGACGUACGUCCCCGUGCUGAUGUUCAACAAAGUCAAGGCGCUGCGCAAGGCCGACCCGGAGGGCUCCGCGCACCUCUACGCCGAGAUCGAGAAGCAGGACUGGACCCCGUGGGCGGUCGUCCAGCGCACGCUCUUCCGCCCGUUCACCAUGCUGGCGGGCGAGCCGAUCCUCGUGUUGGUCACGCUCUACCUGUCGCUCGUCUACGGUGUGAUGUACUGCCGUAAGUCUGUUCGAGGCGUUCCCCAUCAUCUUCGUCGUCCGCCGCCACUUCACGAUCGGCCAGGACGGGCUGAUGUUCAUCGGGAUCGGAAUCGGCACGUCGCUCGGCGCCGUGGUCAACUACCUCUGCUGCCGGCACUAUCCGCGCCUGAUCAAGGAGUGGCGCGGAUUCCCCCGGCCGAGGAACGUCUCCUGGGCGCGAUGAUCGGCAGCCCUGCGUUUGUCGUCGGCGCGUUCUGGCUCGGAUGGACCGGGCAGUACGCCUCGGUCCCGUGGUACGUCCCGGAGCUGGGCGCGAUCGUCCUGGGCAUGGGCAUCUCGCUCAUCUUCAUGAGUUUCCUGAGCUACCUCGUCGACACGUACCUGAUGUAUGCGGCGUCUGCGUUCGCGGCCAACACCUUCAUGCGCUCGCUCGUCGCGGCCGUGUUCCCGCUGUUCACCGUGCAGAUGUUCAACAGACUGGGUGUCCACUGGGCGUCGACGCUGCUCGGCGGGGUCGGCCUGCUGCUGAUGCCGUCGCCGUUCCUGUUCUACAAGUACGGCGCGCGCAUCCGCGAAAAGUCCAAGUUCGCGCCGUGCCUGGACCUGAAGAUCGCCCGCGCCAUGAGGGAGGAGGAGGCUGCCGCGAAGGGGGAGAAAUCCACCGUCUGAUCGAUUCUCAUCGCUGGGACAGAACGCCGGCAACUAAUAUCAUUUUACACACCUCAUAUAUCCCUAGUCGUAGCAUAUAGCCCUCACCCGUUAGACAUACCUAGACACACGCCACGCCACUGUAGCAUUAUGCGGACAUAGGCCGGAGUCAAAGACGCUCCCCCCCACCAUCAUCAUCAUCGUCGAAUCUAUUCCGUCUCGUCUGGACAACAACACUUCAGAAUGAGCUACUCAGCCCGGGCGACGUCCCCGGCCGCUUCGGCGUGCGUUCCAGCCAGUUCGCCACAGCUUUGCUCCCGUCGCUCGUCGCCGGCCGCUUGGGCCCCGCCACCGCCAGCGCGCCUUUCAGCGGGCUCGGCCCCGGCGUCGGCGGCCGCACGGGCCACGCCGGCGAGACGAUCCCGACGACGACGGCCGGCGGCGGCGGAUCCGACACGCUGGGCCCCGGCGUCGGCGGCCAGUGCGGGUCCGUCUCCUCCGACACGAGCAGGCUCGGCGUCGACGCGGACAGGCGCAGCCGCCGCGGCGCGUGGGUGCGCGCACCGCGGGACAGCGAGCUACUGCGCCGCGACGGCGUGCGCGUAACACCCGCCGGCGCUGCCACCGCUGCGACGCUCGGCGAGGGUGUGGCCGGCGCGUGCGGGCCGGACGUGACGGUGGCCGUCGAGGAGGAUCCGGAGAACGUCGAGUCCAUGCGGAGCCGCAGGUUGUCCGUGUCGACCGCGCCCAUGAUGGUCGACACGAGCUGCGUGAACUCCUCGGGGAGCGGAUGCGAGAGCGGAUCGACGAAUAGGCUUUCCUGGCGCGGCGGAGGCCAGAUGCCCUCUUCCCGGAAGACCGAGCCGGAGUUCGAGGCCCGCGCCGGGAAGAGGAAGGACGGGUUCAGCAAAGGGACGUGGUACCCGCCCCGGCGUCGCGAGGGGGAGACGGGGCGCUCGGGUGCAGGAGGAGGAUUGGUUCGCGUGUGCAGGUUGGUAGACGUCGAGUCUUCCCUUUUCAGGUCGAAGGAUGACGGGUUCCCCCCGCCACCCUCCUUGUUGAGGAUCGACACCACGGCUUCCCCGUCGGGCUCCCUCUGCUGCGCCUGCUCCCUGCUCUCGGCCGACGGGCGGGUCCGACAGCAGAUCUUGAUGAUGAUGUACACAAACAGAACCGCCACGAUCGAGGCGAGCACGGACGCGAGCACGAUGACGACUACAGCCGGGAUGUGAUUGAGCGCCAGGCCACGGGUGGUGAGCUAAGAAAAGCGCUGUCAUUCGUUUGCGGAGUCUCGGGAGCGCAAGGAAAGCGACGCUACAUGUGAGGGCGGCAUGGAGAGACAGAAGGAGAGUCUGGGGGCGCAGCAGAUGAGGAGGAUGUCAUGCAGAAGAAGAAGAAGAAGAGCGGCGGACGACUCACGCGCGUGUUGUGCUGUGCUGUGCUGGCUCGUCCCUCGGUUCGAGCAGGUCUUAUCACCCGUCUCGUGCCCCAUCUAUAUACGCAUCCGCAAUUAAUCCAACCCAGAAUCCCAGGCCCGUCUGCGCCGCGAAGGGCGCUGGAGAGGAAAUGAUGAUGGAUCUUCGCAGCGCAUCUCGGAUAUAUAGCGACCCGCUGCGAGCAUGCACCAGACUCUAUCAGCGGCGUGUGACGACACGGGCGGCGGAAGACAGGGCCAGAUGCGUAAUCGAGCAUUCCCAUCCCGGGCCGCUAGUGCAGAAGCGCCUGCGCCUCGAAGGGGUGCUCUCAGGGUCCCGCCUCUCCCUCGACCCGAAGUUAAUCGUCGAUUGAUCGCUGUGAGGCAAGACUGAAGGCUAGGCUUGAAGCAUCCGCUAAGCACAGACGAAGCCCGCGAGAAGGAUGAUCCUGGCUCGAGAGGCCUUGGUUGCUGGCUCAUUAGUGAGAAUGGGGAGUAAUUGCAGUGGAUCACGUUCUAGACCCCCUCUUGCAUGUCCCUAACGCGUGAGCCAAAGCCAGUUAGGUGGCAGAUUGCAGUCGUGGUACAGAUCUGAGUCAGAGAGUUGACAGGCUGAUAUAAGACGCUCCCACGAUGUCUGUUUCUAACCUGCGAACAACUCUGCGGAACUCGGUAAUGA